UGUUUGAGCGCUCGGCCGGGACGUCGGAGUUUCGCGGCGGCAGUAGCGCGAUCAGCCCCGCACGGUACGCACGAUGGUCGCGCAGAAGCACGUGCUCGCGGCCACGCUCCUGUGCGCGCUGGCCGGCCAGCUCGGCGCCGGUGCCAGCCUCCACUGCGCCAUGCGCAGGGAGAUAUCCCCGUGCACCUGCCGGCGGGAGGACUCCAACACCGGUGCCAUCCUCGUCCUCUGCCACCGGAUCAAAGCUUACGAAGAAAUCUCCAAAGCCCUCACUAAUAAAUUCAGCCCAGAAACAAAAAUUGGACUCGACAUAUCCCACUCGCAGCUGCCGGAUAUUGCAGAUCACAGUUUUCGGGAACUAGGCCUCUCUAUCACAAAACUGAAACUGAAUAAUGACAAUCUAAGGCAACUGCCAGAGAACGCGUUUACAAGGCUAGACCUGGUGGACUACUUCAGUGUGUCGGACAACGCGCUAGCCGAGAUCCCGCGCCACGUGGUACGGCACCUGCCGCACGCCAAGACCCUGGACCUCUGCCGCAACAAAAUCUCCAAGCUCACCGAGGACGACUUUAAAGACUUACAAGAACUCGAACACUUGUUAAUAGCCAACAACGAGAUAUCAAAGAUCGAGAGGCACGCUUUACCGAAAGCUCUGAAGCACGUUCAUCUUGGAAUCAACAGCCUGAACAGCCUAAACGGCGCGCUCAGAGACCUAGACGAGUUGGAGUGGAUAUUCAUUAACGCUAACAACCUGAAAUCCCUCGAUAACGAAUUACCAAUCAAAUCAAGAAAGAUAUCCUUCAUACAUGCCGCACAAAACGAGCUGCAAAGUUUGCCCAAGGACCUAAGGCAAAUGCCUACGCUGGACUCCCUAUUUUUCUACGACAAUAACAUUAAACUGUUGGAUGGGGCUCUGCAAAAAUCUCGAAAGCUAACAAAGAUCAAUCUCUCAUUUAAUGAAAUUGAAAGCUUGGCCGAAGAUGAAUUUGCGGAAGCUGAAGUUUUGGCAUAUCUCGACAUUUCGUACAAUCAAAUUAAGUCACUCAAUGGUUCGUUGAGAAGCCUUAAGUCGUUGCGCUAUUUGAACCUAACGCAUAACUCUUUAACAGAGUUUUCUCUGCAAGAAAUUAAAGGCUUAAAGAAAUUAGAUGUAAUCGAUUUUUCGCACAACAAAAUUAAUCACAUCACUGGAAACAUGGAGAACUUAGUUGACGUUGAAACGAAAGUGCUGGAGUUGCGCUUGGACCACAACCAUCUCGUAACCCUCGGGGGCGCUUUAAUCGGAUUCCAUGGCCUCAUGAGACUGAACCUAAGCAACAACCAGCUGCAGCAGAUAUCAUCAGACGACCUCAAUGGCCUGGAGGACUUGAAAGUUCUCGAUUUAUCGUUCAACGACAUCGCCACGCUGGAAGAAACCUCAAAGUCAUUUUUGCCAUCUCUAGAGGAGCUAAUCGCACACCACAACAACAUUAGUACCCUCGACAAAGAUUUCCACGGGCUGCCGUCGUUGUGCAUGGCAGAUCUUGCGUACAACAAGAUUCGCUCCAUCAAUUACGAUCUCGUGUCCAAAACGCGGUGUACCAUAAACGGUGUCCCCAGUAAACUGAAGAUAUACCUUCAAGAUAAUCCGGUGUUAUGCGACGAACGGAUGAAUGAGAUGGUGAUGAUGCUGGAGAACCUGAACGCUCGUGUGAGCGGGUCGUCGACGUGCCUAGGCACGCAGAUGGCGGCGCCGGUGCUGAACAUGCGCGCGCUGAACGACUUGGCGCCGCGGCAGGACGCCGCCGUCAUUGUGGUGGCGCACCUGCUGCCGCACGACGACCAGCGCCCGCUGCCGCCCGCGUACCGGCGCGUCGGCGCCCUCAUCGGCCACGUGCUCCCCGAGCACGAGGGCGGGCUGCCCGUGGUGGUGGAGCCGCCCGUCACGCUGCCGCCCACCACCAACGUCGUUGUCAAGUGGCCCGACGACCAGCACCCGCACCCGCUCGCGGAUCUGCGCUUGCGCGACCUCAACGCGCCCGCGCAGUGAACCGCGCCCGCCUCCGGGAACUCAGUGCUGCGCCCUAACAAAACGUACUGAUAACCGACCCCGGCCCGAACAGGGCAGUGACUCUAACUCGGCCGAGUGCACUAAUUAUUAUAUAACUACCAAAAGUAGCUACUUCCUACAUUUUUACAGCUGAGAUGUAUAUAAGUAGUAGUAUUUGUAUAACCACUGAUGAUGCGUUCUACUGAUUUAGGUAUUUACGUAGCGUCAAUUAAGUGGCUGUAAUGUGCGAGCACGUAAGUAAUAAUAAGUGUAACAACAUGAAUACUGUACGCAGGGCGGUUCGUGAAGAACCGUUUUCUAGUAGCGCCACUCGGACUACAGCCGCCAGCUAGGUGCCUUGCUAGCUCUUGAAGGAUAGAUAGAGCCUUGCCUUUCAUUUACGUCCGGCGUACAGCCAAAGUGGACUCACUAGAGCUAUAAUUAUAUCAAAAUUUAAAAAAAGUUGUACUAAGAGCAUCUUUAGGGAAAAUUAACCAAGUCUAGUCAGACCCUGCAAGACUCCACGUCUCAGAAAAAAAAAUCCUUGUAAAAUAUUAUACAGCAAACUUUAGUAGAAAUAUUUUGCCCAAACUUCAUGGGGUUGUGUUUUUUCGUAGCGGAGUUUCUUUUGCUACCGUUCAACUGAAUUAUUAUUAGAUCUGCUCCAUUUGGAUAAUCAUCAGCUAAACAAACAAAAUUCAGAAAAUCUGAUACCGGAUGUGUUACAAAAUUUAGGCUAGCCUUUUAGAUUUGAAUUAAAAUAUAUAAUCAAAAAUACGUAUAAGAAUUGAAGUAAAAGCGUGUAAGUGAAAAACUUCAUACCAGCUUCAUUAAAAAGAACUAGACUUUAGAAAACCUACAACUAUCUACGAAAUAAGACCAGCGACUACUGUCAGGUCAGCACACCUACUUGCACAAAAUUAUAGGAAUUUAAAUUAUUUUUUACAUUUUACAUACAAGUUAAUACUAAGCAGGUCAGUAAUAUAGGAAUGCAGAUGUACAAGUUAUUGACCAUGUACCUAUAGCUGGUCAAGCAGAUCUUGUCAGUAGAAAAAGGCGGCAAAUUUGAAAAAUGUAGGCGCGAAGGGAUAUCGUCACAGAAUAAUUAAUAGUACUACCGUACAGAAAGGAAACUUCCUACAAAAACGAAGUUUGACAGCGGUUCAGGGUCGGUCAUGCUGUUCCUUUCUAAUAUAUGGCACUAUCCCUUUCGGUUAUUUAGGGUUGUCAAAAAUCAAGUGAUUAUCUUAUCUGUGGUCGUGCACGCAAAAGGGACUCAAGUGGUGCCAACCCUAAUAAUUGCUCGGAGCAAUGCUGAGCCGAGCGGAGCCGAGUUUGACCGAAGUCAGGAGUUUCGCACCCCUGAUAUCGUCUCAUAGAAAAUAUGAAUUUCCCGCCUUUUUCUACUGACAAGAUUUGCUUGACCAUCUAUACCUAUCUAAGGUACCAUGACCAUUAACUGACUGAAAAAUGUAUCUACCCUCUCACGAACGUUAAAGGCCCUGGGAGCCUAGCAUUUGGCUCUGGAUGGAUGGAUGUAAAUACUUUAGGCUUGUGCUAAAAUUUGUAGGGUUACAUUGCUACUCAAAUAUUAGGAAAUUAGUACAGAAAAGUAUUUUAGUCAAGUACAGGAAAUAACCUAAUUCUACGACAAAUUUAUUUGUUAUUUUUGCUCGAGAAUAAUAUACAAAUGCGUCUUAGUAUAUUUUCCUAUGAGACACCAAAGGCUUGCAAGGAUAGAAGAAAAACCAAAGAUUUAAUUCUCAUGCGUUUCCCAACAAGAAUUCUAUUAUGUAAAUUAUGAGAACAUUAAACGAAGUAAUGCGUUACGGUAAUAUGGUAAGUAACUUGUAGUUGACAUUGUCGAAUUUUCUUGAAGGGGAAUAAAAGUAAUUUAUGUAACAAAUAUUAUUACUUAGUUUAAGCUUAAAUAUUUUAUUAGUGUUAUUUAUACUGUCGAUUAACAAUAGCUUUAAGAGAGUAAUUAGAUACGAUACCGCCAACGCCGGAAUAAUUGAUGAUAGAUAUAUAAAACGAUAUAUGUAUACCUAUUAAUCAAAUACCUAUACAUGUACCUAAUCUGAAAAUUCUAAAGUUUUGUAUCUUAAAAUGUAACUUAUCUAUUAAUAAAAAUCAAAACCGUGGUCCGGAACUCAUUACUCCAAAAUAUAAUUAUUAACCUUGUAUCUACUAGUUGUUGUUUCGAAUAAAUAAAAGUUCAAAAUGC